GUCUGCUGUUGUCGCACUAGCCGACAGCAAGCAAAUAUGAAUGCAAAUUCUGCAGAAGCCAGCUUGAUCUAAAUGAUCGGAUAUUUUGCGUUUUGAUUCCUUUUUAUUUUUAGUAUUUAAAUCGCCAAGGGUUGAGGAGAACUGCGAUAAAGGCUCCAGCAUCCAUUUAGCCUGAAUGCACGUGCACCAUCUGUUCAUUGACGGAGUUUCGUUUCUUAUAAACAAACAUGAAUCAGUAUUAUUUUCUUCUUUUUUCUUUUGUGCAUGUAUUGGCGGAUCCGGAUUUUGCUAAACUCGAUGGUGCCCCGCCUUCUAAAAUAGCUGUUGUUGGAGCUGGAAUCGGAGGAACCGCUACAGCUCAUUUCCUUAGGCAGCAUUUCGGGCCGGAAGUGAGAAUUGAUGUAUUUGAGAGAGGGUCAGUCGGGGGUCGUCUGGCUACAGUCACUGUGAACCACCAAGACUACGAGUCCGGGGGAUCCAUCAUUCAUUCCCUCAACCUGCACAUGCAAGACUUUGUCCAGCAACUGGGGCUGAAGUACCGUAAGAGUGUGGCUGGGAAGACGGCAGUGUUCAGUGGAGAGGGGUUUAUUUUGGAGGAGACCGAUUGGUACCUGCUGGAUUUGUUUCGCUUGUGGUGGCGCUAUGGGAUCAGCUUCAUCCGCCUGCAGAUGUGGGUGGAGGAGAUUAUGGAGAAGUUCAUGAGAAUCUAUAAAUACCAGGCCCAUGGCUAUGCCUUCAGUUCAGUAGAAGAGCUGCUGCACUCUCUCGGGGGUUCAGGAUUUAUCAACAUGACCCGGCGCUCGCUUUCCGAGUCUCUGUUAGAACUGGGCGUCUCCCAGCGCUUCAUUGAUGAAGCCAUAGCCCCGAUCAUGAGGGUCAACUACGGCCAGAACAUCAGCAUCCCUGCAUUUGUUGGUGCUGUAUCUCUAGCUGGUGCACAGGCCAAUCUCUGGGCUGUGGAGGGAGGAAACAAGCUGGUUUGCUCGGGACUGCUUAAACUAGCAAAAGCUAAUCUCAUCCAAAGUCAAGUUACAACCAUUACCCUCCAAUCAACAGGAGAUUACCACCAGUAUAAAGUCACCUACGACUCUCAAAAUGAAAAGUCAUCAGAGCUCUAUGACAUUGUAGUAGUAGCGACGCCUCUCCAACAAAACUUCAACUCGGGCAUCUCAUUCCAGGGCUUUGAGCCACAACUUCCAGAAAUAGCGGGCUCCUACCACCAAACUGUGGCCUCCAUCAUUCACGGCUACCUAAAUUGCACUUACUUCGGCUUCCCCGACCCAAAGCUUUUCCCAUUUUCCAGCAUCCUUACCACAGACACUCCCGGACUUUUCUUCAACAGCGCCGCCAGUGUCUGUCCGGUCAACAUAACCUCCGGCUUCCGACGAAAGCAGCCUCAAGAGGUCGGAGUCUACAAGGUCUUUUCCCCAAAACCUCUGGAGAAGAGUGAGCUGAAGACACUUUUUAAGUCCUACUACUCAGUGCAGAUCACAGAUUGGUUGGCGUACCCUCACUACGGAAGCACCCAGGGGUUGCCACCGGUAGUGCUGCACGAAAACUUGUACUUCCUGAAUGGAAUCGAAUGGGCUGGGAGUGCGAUGGAGAUGAGCUCUGUGGCAGCUAAGAAUAUAGCACUUUUGGCCUACCACCGCUGGAAUAGACAAUUGGAAAUGAUUGACCAGAAAGACCUCAUGCACAAAGUGAAGACAGAAUUGUGAUGCACCCGUAUUUCAUUAUAAAGACACUGUGAAGUAUGAUAAGUAUGAUUAGAGACAAAGUAAGCAACAGCAUAUUUUCGAUUCCACACAAAACGACUUAUGUUUUAGUUUUCCUUUUUUGAUGCAAGAUGCAAAAAGGUUGCAUGUCUGCUUGUCUGUCAGAUGUUUGGUGAAAGCGAACAGCAGUGUGGUUGCAGGCUAAACCCUUGAUCUGUAUCAGACGGUGGUAAUGCAUGGCAAUUGUUUACCCUUACUUACCAACUUGAUGCUUCUGUAAGCUCACUUAUCAUGAGCUAAUGUGAUAAAGUGAAAAAUUGUGUGGAGAGAUGUGAAAGUAAUUCUUCAUUUGUUUAGGUUUUUUUUUUUAUUAUUAUUAUUUUUGCUGAAGAAGUCUUAUAGUUUCACAAUUCCAAUCACUCUUGUGUUUUACAUGCUAUGAAUGUGUAAUGUCACUGAGCUAGGAAAAGUAUUAGCAGGAUAUUUAAGCUUUAUACACUAUUUAUUAUGAUG